AUGAAUUCUCCACAAUCGACAAGUUUCGCCGCCUCUGAGUUUAUCACUGAAAACCCUGGAAAGCCAGUUCGCCAGAAGCCCGUCCGAAGACGAGGCAUGAAUGACCAGAUAAAAUGGGUCAGGUCAUGGAUGGCCAAACUACCUCAAGGAGAUGAGGACUGGGACAACAACAGGCCUUCGACUGCGGAGGACAUUUUACGUUUGCAUAGUCGGCUGACCAUCUCCCACGUCGGAUCACGACGAAACAUGGACUGGCAUACUCUCCUCGAUACUUACGCUGCUGCCUCCAAGGACUUUGAACCUGGAAGAGAGACUCAGACACAUUGCAUGGUCAUGGUCGCAUUGUGUCACGUAGCUCAUAGUCAAGGCCUCACAACGGACGAGGUAAUGACGGCCAUGGCGAAAUGCGUCAGUGGAGGAAGCGAUACACUAAGAUCGAAGCGAUUCGCGCUGCCAAAAACAAAUACAGAGGGCCCUAGAGCCGGGCCAGACGAGGGCGAAGGCAAAGGCGAAAUCGAAGGCGAAAUCGAGAUCGAAGUCAAGUUUAAGGGCAUCAACAACAAGAUCGACAAGCAGCCCAGAGAGCAGUGA